AUGUGAUUUCGCAGUCUUCUUCGUCAAGUGAAAUCAUGGACGGAAAAGUCAGUCUUCAACUGAAUAUUGUCGACGAAAAUGGAUGUGAAUUGACAGAGCAAGGACCACAUCUGUUUCAGACCACCGAUAGAGUUAGAUGGAAAGAAGUAACACAAUGGGUAACAGACAAGUUGUCACUCAACCAUUCUCUGGCAUUUAGCUAUUUUGAUGAGGAGGGAGAUCUUAUAUUUGGAAGCAGUGAACAGGAGUGGAAAGAAGUUUUGGGAUACAGAAGUAAGAGCAAACACGACCAAGGGACUACAAUUGCUGCAAAUAUUCUUGUGUUGGGCAAAACUAAACUUUCAAAUUGUCGCCAAGACCUAAAGCCGGUAGCCAGUUGUUGUAGCCCAAGUGUGGAAUCAAAGCCAUCUUGUUGUGAAUUUUUGAGGCCAAUUCCUCCUAACCCAGACACAGUCACUGGCCCUUUGGUGAAAAAAGUCAAUCCACUUUUGAGUCAGUACAAAUACCGUGAUGAUGCCCUGAAAGCUGUUACUUUGCCACUUGGCCCAAUAGGAGGGGGUAGUAUAGCCUUGGCUGGUGAUGGAGGUCUGCGUCAGUGGCAAAUCACUAACACUGUAAAUCACGUAGCUCAUGUUCCUGACUCUUUCUUUGCCAUACGAGUGGACCAGGGAGGUAGUAGCAAAGCUGUUGUUCUCCAGUCCAGCUCCUGGUACAACGACGAAGGAUUCACACCUGCAGCUUAUGUCACAGACCAUGUUGUACCUGAGGGAUCCAAAGAUCUUCUUUGUGAACUUCCAGGAAUUAAGGAUUUGGAAGUUACUGCAAAAUACCCUAUUGCAGAAGUGGACUACUUGAGUGAUGAAGUGCCGCUGACAGUGCACUUGGAGGCAUUCAACCCUUGCAUCCCUCUGGACUCAAAAAACAGUGGCAUACCUGUGAUAAUCUUUAACUACACUGUCACAAAUUCAUCAAGCGAUGUUGCAAAGGUUUCACUGCUGGGAACACUUCAGAACAUUGCCGGUUGGGAUGGAAUAACAGAAAUUACUUCAGAAGUGGAAAAUACGGGAUAUGGAGGAAAUCUGAAUUCUUUGAUGCAGACCAGUGAUUUAUUUGGUAUCGACAUGAGUAACCCAUCAUUAGCAGAGAGGAGUCCUGGUAAUGGACAUGUGUCACUCGCUGGUGAGUACAGUAUUGUGCAUAUAUUAUUAGGUAUUUUUCUAUUGAUGCCGACUGCGCAAGACUUCAAUAGAAAACAUCGUACAGUCAUAAUUAUGCAGGCAAUAUGUAUAUUGCACAAUGACAUACAUGUAGAGUGCAUAUACAUGCAUAAAGUUAACGUACAUUUAUUGAAAAACAAUAAACUCCAAAUAAUGCUGUUAAUGAGAUUCGUUUGUUGUCUGCCUCUGUAUUCCUUUUUUUUUCCUUUUCAGACCUUCACGUUUCUCUUAGCAUGGCAUUUUCCACACAGAUACGUGAACUGGAGUCAGGAAAGCUUUGGCAUCCAUGACCCCAACACAAACUUCUAUAUCGGAAACCAGUACAGCAAGUUUUGGACGAACAUUAUGGAGGUUCUCUCAUACACUGUCACAAACAUGGAUGAUCUCACAGCAAAAACCAGGAAUUUUCGAGAUGAUAUGUUUGAUUCUAGUUUGCCGUGGCAAAUGAUUGACAGCGCAGCUGGACGGGUGUCUGUUAUAAGAUCUCCUACAUGCAUGUGGAUGGGUGAUGGCAAUCUCUAUGGGUUUGAAGGCUGUAACAAGAUGGGAGGUUGUUGUCCUCUAAAUUGCACCCAUGUCUUCAACUAUGAAAUGGCGAUCGCAAACUGUUUCCCAGAUUUGGAAAGGACCAUGCGGGUUGUUGACAUGAAACAGCAGGUCUCUCCUAAUGGCAUCAUACCAAGUCGCACAACUGUGCCACUUGAGUUGCGACGCCAAUGGACGUUUUGGCCAAACUACACUGAUGUGAAUCCUGCUUCUACAACUGUAUGUGUAGAUGGCGAGAUAGGAACUGUAUUGAAGACUUACAGGGAGAUUCUUCACGGAGCAUCGCAAGAGUGGUUUGACGGCGUGUGGCCGGUUGUAAAGAAAAUCAUGGCCCGAUGGAUGACAGAAUUGGACGCAGCGGGAGACGGGUUAAUUCAUGGUCCGCAACCCAACACUUAUGAUACUACUUUCUAUGGCGUGACUACUUUUACCUGCACUCUGUAUCAUUGUGCUCUCAGAGCUGCAGAAGAGAUGGCAAAGCUUCAGGAAGAUAUGGACCUCGCUUGUAAAUACGCCGAACGGUUUGCUCUGGGAAGCGCCAAUCUCGACAGCACCUGCUUCACCAAGGAAGAUUGGUACACACAGGAAGUCGAUCUAAAGCACCAAACAGCUGAACUUUCUGAUGCAACAUUCGUCGAUUGUUUGGUUGGUCAGUGGUGGGCAUUUGCGUUGCAGCUGGGUUAUCUUCUACCAGAGGAGCACGUCAAAAGCACUUUGCAAAACAUCUUUUUAAGAAACCAUGUGGACUCCUUCGAUCCAGCUGACCAGACUCCCAGGAAGUUCUUUGAUCAGCGUGACGCUGGAAUGUAUAUUGGCCGAUGGCCGGGUGCACCUCCAAAUCAUCCUUUCCGAUACAGCAGCGAGGGAGCUUGGACAGGUUUAGAGUACGAGUUUGCGCAGCUGUGCUUGAGCGAAAAUAUGAUCACCACAGCUCUUAAAGUUUUGACCGAUACCCGAGAGAAGUAUGACGGGACUCGCCGAAGCCCGUGGAAUGAAAUCGAGUGCGGAGACCAUUACGUUCGACCCAUGGCAGCGUUUUUGUUCUUUGAGUUGGCGUCUGGUCAGACUUUGCGUUUAAGAGAGGCUGGAAACCCUGUGAUCAGUCUUGGAUUUGCUCCACGAAUUAACCCGUCAGACUUCUGUGGUUUCUUCAUCACCGCCACUGCUUGGGGCCAGUUUAAACAGAAAGGAGAUUCUGAAAUGCGAAGUGGAACGGCUGAGCUGUGUGUGCAUCAUGGAGAACUUCAGUUGUCACAGUUAACUCUACAGUCACGUGCUACCUUCACUGUAGUGCGCAAGAGCGACGACAAUAAACCGCUGGACACGACAGCCGCAACGGAGGCUGGAAAACUCACAAUUAAGUUCAACGAUGAUGUCUCGCUGAAAGCUGGAGAAUGCUUGCGGAUAGUACUUUCGGCUUGAGUUUGGAAAAUAUGAAGAUUGCCAGCUUUUAAAGUGGAAUGGAGAAUCGAUAUCUUGUAGAAAUAGUCGUAAAUAGUUAAAGAAACUUUGUUUAGGACUGUGAAGCCAAGCACACACGUGAAAACUUUAAAGAGCUCAGUCACGGUAUUUUGAGUUAUUUUGGCCAGGUACAAAAUUACUUAUAAACCAGUAAAGGAAACCUGCAAUUAGCGUUUACUUAGAUAGAAAACCUUUAUUCAUUAAUACCUUAAACUUUAAAUCUAAAUUGUAAAUGUAACUGAAUUUGUACAGCUAAAUCCAGAAACCUUACCAGCACCUCGUUAUCACUGCCACUUUGUUUCUUGGCCCAAAUAAAACGCUAAGUCUGUCAUUUUCUUAUUUUAAGAACACCUUGAAUUCGACCUUGUUUCUGUGCAGUCUUCGUAGUAACGGGGUCCCCUGGCGAUGGAGUGUGUAUGCAUCAAUACGUUUAUAUAAUUGGUUGUGUUUUACCACGCCACACGAUUGGCUUAAAACACUCGCGCCACUUUUUCAUCCAAUCAGAAGUAAAACCAAAACCAAUCGCAACUCGCUCUCGCACGUUUUGCCGCACUUUGCGUCGGCAGCUAGCAUUUGAGUUUUGAUUGGUUCAUUGGACUGCCCAUGUCCUUUGUGAUUGGUCAUAGUGAAUACUUUGGUUUUACGAUUCUCAGUUGAAAACCGCUCUGUAAACGUGCAUGAGUAAUUGUAUUGCAUUUGCUAAAUUUCAUGUAAGCAGCAGUUUCCAAGAACCAAUACUUUCCUUACGGGCACCUCUAUAUGACGUGAUGAUUCAUUUGGCCCCAGGGAAAGCUAAAUUCGUUUAAUAACUAGUACAGAUCCCUGCAAUUACAAGGACACUCGAUGCGUGCCCUUAUUCAGUAGUCUUGACUGUACGGAGAAAUCUUGUCUAGUUCCCAACAAUUGUACUACUCGUUUGCCGUAAAACGACCCUUUAUCAGCUUGGUUACCUUUAGUAUAUAGGUGUAGUUACCUUUUACAGGGUUUUAGUAGCCUUGUUAUUUUUUUGUGUGUUUGUGAAAAGUGCAUUCAGAAUACUUCAGAAAACUACCUGUAAUUAAGUAACGCGGAAAUUAUCUGUGCAAAAUCUGAAAAUUCCUCUUACCUUCAUAAGCGUGAGGAGAAAUUUUGUAAAUCUGUUUAAAAAGUGGACAAGAAAUUUGUUCAAGUGUCAA